AGCUCGAAUCCAUCCAUCAACCAUGGAUGCAUUCAUGGUGUAGUACUCCUUCUGGCUCAAUACUGUCAAAACCACCCUGCGCCAUUGAUUGCUUAGGUGUGUGGCAUUGAAGAAGACACAGUGGUUAAUCUGCCAUUGACAGAGUGCAGCGAGCGAGGUAGCUGAGCUAGAAAGAAAUAUAGCGAGAGACCGUGAGCUCGCCAGCCAUGGUAAGUGCGUUGCGUUCUCACGUCUCGCUCAUAAAAGGUGCGAGCUUUGGCGAGAAAACGGAGGAAGGUGAGAGAGGCAGCAGGGCGGCAGAGGGAGGCUGGAGCGAGCUCGCCGCCAUGGCCGCCGCGGUGGGUAGCGCGCUCGCGUCGUCUCCGGCGCGGGCCGCUGUUGUGCUCGGCGUCGGCGUCGUGCUCUUGGCCGCCGUCGUCGUCGACGCCGGUGGAGGGGGACGGGCGUGGACGACGGCGCUGGACGGCGUGUGCGGCGACCUGGGGGGAUACUACGUCACGCCGGAGCUCUGCAAGUCGGCGCUCUGCGGCGGCGGCGGCGGGGGGAACCCGUCGUCCCCAUGCCGGGCGGCCCGCGGCGCGGGGGAGGUGGCGGCGCUGGCGGCGAGGCUGGCGGCCGCGAACGCGACGGCGACGAGGGCCAGCGUCGAGUCCGCCGCGCGGGCGCUGGAGCAGACGCCGAGCAGCAGCAACGGCACGGAGGCGGCGGCGGCGGAGGCGAGGAGGCAGGGGAUGCGGUCAUGCCUGCAGCUGUACGCCGGCGCGGUGCCGGCGCUGGAGUGGGCGGCGCGGUCGGUUGCCGCGGGCCGGUACCGCGGCGCGCGGGAGGUGCUGCAGGCGGCGCAGUACGUGUCGCUGGGGUGCGAGGGGAUGGCCGGCGGCGGCGAGGCGGCUGCGGCGGCGCCGCUUCCACGGGAGAACGAGCGGUUCAGCGUGAUGGCCAUCGUGGCGCACGCCGUCGUGGCCUCCAUGCUUGGGCCCUAGCUUAUCUUAAUCGCAUGUAAUUAGUUAAUUAAUCGCGCUCUCACCUGGGUAAUUAGUUCUAAUCCGUGCAAUAAAUAUGUUUGUAUAAUGUCAGUUAAUGCGAAACGGAAGGAGUCGUGCUUUUUUACAUGGAGGCCCUUGUAUGAAAAAAUAUUUUCCAACUAUUUCUCUAGCCUGACCUCACGCAAAAACCAUUGCUUUAAAAUAACCAGAAUCAGCACUAUAUCAUUAGACUGUUUCUUUUCUUUUAUUGACCCGUGCA